UAUAACAUAAAGGCUAAAGAGUAGUCCAUAUUAAUGCUAUAGCUGGAUAGUAGAUAGUAACUAAAAGAACAAACUAAAAACCAGAAUGUGUAAACAGUAAACACAAAGCAGUUUUAUGUUCUAGAUAUACGGUUACAACCUGUUGAUAUCAGGGCUGGGGAAUAUGACCAUAUAAUAUCGAUAUCUUGAUCAAUUAUGUCACAGUGUGCUUUUUUGUGAUAUUGUGAUAUCCAUCUGUCCAUUUGUUUGUGUUUGUUUGUUUGUUUGUUACAUUUAAAUACACACUGACUGGAAGCAAGUGAUUUGAUGUUUACAUUCUGUACUUAGGCUUUAAAAUUUUAAAUAAUAAUAAUAAUAAUAAUAAUAUUUUUUCCAACAUUUUAAAUAUGUUUUGUUAAUUGUCAUAAUAAUCAUAAUAAUAAUAUUCCAUCCAUCCAUCCAUUUUCUAUACCGCUUAUCCUUCAGGGUCGCGGGGAACCUGGAGCCUAUCCCUGGGAGCAUGGGGCACAAGGGAGGGUACACCCUGGACAGGGUGCUAAUCCAUUGCAGGGCACACUCACAUACACAUUCACACACCACGGACAAUUUGGAAAUGCCAAUCAGACUCCCAUGCAUGUCUUUGGACUGGGGGAGGAAACCGGAGGAAACCCCCGUAGCACAGGGAGAACAUGUGAACUCUGUACACACAGGGCAGUGGUGGGAAUCGAACCCCCAAUCCUGGAGAUAUACUUGUAUAGGCCUGGUUUGACUUGUGGAAUCUUAAAUGGCCAAAAUGUAUCAUCGGGAGAAGAGCAUUCAGCUAAAGAGCAGUGCUUCAGCGCUCUACAACAACCUGAGUGUGUUGCGCUUGGCACCACGGUCUCUCACCCAUUUUGCUGUCGUGCAUGCCAAUGUAGUGAACCUAGUGAGUGCCUCCUGGGAUGGGCUCAACUACUCACACCGACAGCUACAGUCCAAAGAAGGCAACGUGGCCACCAGCUCCUCACUCAUCAUGCAGGCAGCUUGGUGUGUUCUUCCAUCUAGAGAUCUUCUUGUUGUUGCUUCUCAGAAAGGGAUUCAGAUGUACGAGUCUGAUGGAUCCAUUAUGGUGUACUGGCAUGCACUGGACACACCAGAGACACCCACAGCUAAGGCCAUUUUUGCACGGGGGAUUGCUGCUGUGAGAGAGAAAUACAUCUGUGUAGGGGUCUCCUCUGGGGCAGUGCUGGUGUUUGAUGUUCCCAGUAAAGGAAGUAACAUUACACUGUCUGAAGUCCUGGAGGAACACACUGAGGCUGUCACUGACAUGGCGUCUGAGUGUUCAGGCAGUAUGGAGUACAUAGCUGAUUUGGUAAGUGCUGAUGACUCUGGCCUUCUGUGUGUGUGGAAGUCUGGGGGGGAUUUCCAGCUUCUCAACAAGAUCCCUGGAUUUGAUAUGAGCUGCUCAUCAGUGAAGCUCUGGAAAGGCACUGUCAUAGCUGCCUAUGGCACGGGCCAAAUCCGCCUCUACGAGGGUGUCACAGGGAUACUGCAUGCUGAGAUUAAUGCCCAUGCUCGCUGGAUCUACUCCCUCGAUAUUGCUCCUUUCACUGGACUGCUGCUCUCAGCUGCCGAGGACUCCUUCGUUCGUGUGUGGCAUUUAAACCCAGCCCCAGAAAGCAACAGUGUGGAGAUCGAGCACCUUUACAAUGAAUGUGUGACUGACACUCAGAUUUGCGGCGCUAAGUUCUGCGACGGUGACGGCUUCGCUUUCGCCGUCACAGGCUACGACCUAAUUGAGAUCAUCCGCUACACACAGGCAUAAAUGACUCCCUCCAAUUCUCAUGCUCCUGUGGAACUUUUACAAAAGGCAGAACACUCAGCUGGUACAGUUUAUUUGUUCGUCUGUGAGUUGGCACUUAUUUCAGGAACAGUGAGGCUGGCCAGGCAGACUGUCAGCAGUGCCUCUUGUUGUCUGUACAGUAUAGUAAACUGAAUGUGAGUUCUACACAGGCCUGUGAAUGCCAUCGCUUCACUCUUAAUGCAGCCAUUUGGUCUAAUUUAUUCUUGUCUAAACUAGUUUGAGUAUGAACUUAUUAAAAAAAAAUUAGCCAACCUUGUAAUGGUAAUGUUUCAGUGCACAGUCAGGUCUCUUUUGAAGAAGAGAGAAAAUACAUGUGGCAUGUACUGUCGAGCGCAAAAGUUUGCAUUCCCAUUAGGACAAAAUGAAAAAGAAAGAGAAACAUAAUUUAUAACAGAUCUC